CGCGAGCUCACUUCCUCGUCCUCAUCUCGCUCGUGAUUACACGAUACCAUGAUCUUUGUGCAGCGCCCUUAUCUUGGCAGCGAAGCUGAAUAGCUCUCUUGGAUCCGAACUCUUCGAGACCCUAGUCAUAUUCAGAACAUCUCCUCGCGGACCCUACGGAUGCAUGAAGAGAGACGUCAUGCUGGCGCUGUACCCUCUGUUCUCUACUACAUGGACUCGCGCUGUUCAGCUUGUCCUCAUCUAUCGGUGCACCAGAAUGAAACAUGGUUAGUUUGCGCCGUCAUUGUAUCUACGACCAGUCCGUAUAUCUAUGUACCAAUCAACAGUGUUUUGCAAUUGCUGGCUAUGCUCGUCGAAGAUCCUUCACGGUACGGUUAUCUGCGAUCGCCAGGUGUCCCAAUUGCUGACGUGCUGUGUCCCCCGGAUCGACGCCUACAACCCUUAUCCCAUCCUCCGUCUCCUCCUCGUCGCGCCGCUCUCCGAGCUCACGCCACUCUCUCAAUGCUGGCCGCGCGUCUCGCAUCUUUCCUUGCCCCAUCCUCUGCCGCUGCUUACUUAUACAAGCCCGCGCGAAGCUGAAGCACGCGAUCAAGAGGCAGCGGCGCGGGAUUUUACGGUCCCAGCGCCGACACGCGAGUCGCCCUGCACGCCCUACACCACUGGACUCACCGCGGCGUUCGCCCCGAACGCAGAGCGCAUCGUCACCCGCUUGGAGGAUGACCUUGAACUUCAGGUGCAGCAGGAUGCGACGGACGCGUCGCCGCUGCACACCGUAUCGCUCGCUGACCCCGAGAGGGUGUUCUCCGUGUUGUUUGGGAAGGUUCAUCUGAGGGAGGGAGGGCUGGUGUGA